UAAUUUACAUUUUUUGUUUGUACAUCACAUUUAUAAAGAAUGGGGAUCUACAUUUUCUGCAUGUCUCUGGGAGUCUGCUGAUGCACCUGUUGACUGAGGAGAAACUCUGCUUGUUAAAGAAUGGACACAUUUGCUCCAAUGAAGACUGAUGCUCAGCUUCUUUUGGAAAACUGUAGGAAAGCUGAUGAAAGGAGCGAGCUGAACUGUGCAGACUCACAACAGACGAGUUUAACAGACAGACAGAGCCCAGCCAUGCAGCCGACUAACAAAAGCGCUGCCUUAAAGUACAGAAGAUGCAGCUCCCCCAGGUCUCAUCUCAGUGGGGUGAAAGCUCGCCACAAGAGGCAAGUUCUGCAGGACAUGGCUCGGCCAUUGAAACACUGGUUGUACAAGCACCGGGACAACCCCUACCCAACAAAAACUGAAAAGGUUCUGCUAGCUCUGGGUUCGCAUAUGACACUAGUGCAGGUUUCAAAUUGGUUUGCAAAUGCUCGGCGAAGGCUGAAGAACACAGUGAGGCAGCCAGACCUGAGCUGGGCGCUGAGGAUCAAACUCUACAAUAAAUACAUCCAGGGAAACGCUGAGAGGCUGAGUGUGUGCAGUGAUGAUACAGACUCGGAGGACGAAGAGUGCACUUUAAUGACGCCUAUUGGCCAAUCAAACUUUGGUGGGCCUUCUUACCACCACAGCCUGCUUGACAAACAGGUCAGCAUCCUUGCCAGGGCACACUGCUCCAAUGAUGACGACAACACGUCUCCUCCGUCAAAGUACAAGAGCAGCUUACUGAAUCGCUACUUGAACGACACCCUGCGGCACGUGAUGGCAGCAAAGGCCGACACCAUUGCUUCUGCUUGCGGAAAGAGGUGCCUCUCCCAAUCAUUCGGCUCCAAUGAAUGUGACCGAGAUGUUGUCUCUCCAGCCUCUGAAGCAGAGGCCAACUUCAUUUACAGCAUGGAUACCCCCGACAACACUUCAGUUAAAAGUUACAGAGAGAUUAUACUACUGCAACAAAAUAUUAUUCAUCCUGACCAGAGGGUCCAGCUGCAGAACCAAAACCCACAAAGAGAAGAUGGCCAAGGCUGGAGGGAGAUUCAUGCCGCUGUGGCUCUCACAAGCUUGGCCCAGGGGAAGAGCUGCAAUGCAGGACUGAGCAGUGACCCAGGGCCCACCGCAGCCAAAGGGCAGAGCUGCAUCACCGAGCCCUUUUCUGUAUCAAAAGCCAGCAUCGCAGGCAGGCUGUGUGUGACGGGAGCUGUGUCAGCCCUAAAGCAGAGCACAGAGACUGCUCUCACCAGCCGCAUCAUCCAGAAAUCGUCUCAUAUUUCUGAGAUCCAGACUGUCAAAGUUGCCCUGGCAAACAGUGGGUAGGCACUGAACACCGUGUUCCAAUCGCCAUGAGCCUAAGUGCCUUGCAGUGUACAGCCUCUAAGACUAACAUAUGCUUUUAACCCCUUUCUAAUUGUGUUAUAUAACAUCUAAACAGUAACCUAAAGAAGAAUCCAAAUAAUGUUUGCUUGCUUUGCUAUGUUUUACAUGACCUUUUAUUCAAUAACUUAUAUGAACUUUCAAGACACCGGAGAAUCCUCCAGUGAUAAAGUUUACCAGCAGCAGUUUAAAUAAACCUAAUGUGAAAUUGUCUGGCCUGUUUAAAUCAUGACCUUACAUGGGCUGAGACGACCUAAUUAUGUUUUAGAAGGCUGUACUUAGUGGUAGGUUUCAUGUGUGCAGACUUUACUGCCUUCCAAACUGCAUUUUAGAAAUGUACCGUGGAAAAAGGAUGGCACACCAACUGGAGCUCGUACAUGGCUACUGGAGGCACCAUGGUCAGAGAGAAUCAUCUGGUAGAAAGAUUCACACACUGUUUUAAACAUGGCUUUAAAAAGGUUUAAAAAGGUGAUAAAAUAUGUCAUCAGCUUAUGUGAUCAGCUACAUCUCACAAUUAUCUGUAUAGGUUUCAACUUUACCCUUAAGUAAGAACUAAACCUUGCUUUUAUUUAUUCAGUCAGCAUCAAUAGGAAAUCUGACACUAGCUAUGGGCUGAUGUGAGAUUCUCACAGUAUGUAAAACAUCAUCUACAUGAUUAAGUUAUCUUUCAGUCAGCUGACCAGGCAGUGCGCAGCAACAGGGGAGAAAGUGGCUGUGCCACUACUCUAUGCUUCAAAUAGAAGUAAACUCUCUUUACACCAGUAUGUUCCCUAGCAUCUCUUCAAUAGGACUUUAAACCAUAGAAACACAGAAAAUGUUCAUCUUGACAACUGCUUACAAUCUUGGUGUAAGCAGUUGUCAAGAUUAACAGUUAAAGAUGCAGUUAAAUGGCCCGUGUCCAUUCUGCAACAUUUUUGAAUAUUUUUUUCUUAUAUGGGCUUUUCUGAUUGACUGAAUUCUAAUAUAUAUGACAGAAAGGACAUCACAUUCUAACACAUUUUUCCUGGUAAAAUUCAAGAAUUUACUAGAAUCUAAUUUUCACACAGCUCUGUUCUUUUUGUUAGAUAAUUUUAACUUCUAAAUACAAAUGUUCAUCAUGAACAUUUAUUCUGAAAGACAUGGAAUCUGACUUUAAACAUGCAACCUGCAAAAACCAAGGAAUGGAUGGACGGAAUGAUAGACAGAUUGAUUGACAGACGUAUUUAUGGAUGGUUUAAAUUUGGUUGGACAGACUGACGUUUAUGAUGGACACACCAAUACUCAGACUGGCAGAAAAACAGACAGAUGGAUGGGUUGAUUUAUAGACAGACGUACAGUUUAAGGAUGAUGAAUUUAUGGAUCGAUGGAUGGAUAAAACGUUUUGACAGUGGAACUGAGAUUAAAGCCUAAAAAUACAAAUAUUCUUCCAAACUCA